UUUCCCUUUGGCGCCAAGAGAAUUGAUUAUUGUUGUUGUUGAAAGGAGAAAGGAGAAAGGAGAAAGCGAAACCCUUGUGAGAGUUGAAUGGCUUCAAGCUCAGGCAAUGAAGGAGAUUCAAUGGAGGAUUACGAGGCUCUGAUUUCGACGACGGACGUUGAGCUUCUGAAGCGAGCGUGGCGCAACGAGAAGGCAGCACCCGAGGUUCUCCGAUUCGAAUUCCAGUUGAUUUCCCGCCUCAGAGAACAGAUUGAACUGAUGGAAGAAACCAUCCAAGAUAAAUCCACCGCCGCAACGGACCCCCUUUCGCUCUCUCUCUAUCAGAUGGACUUGGACAGAACCCUCUUUCUCCUCCGAUCAUAUCUCCGGAUCCGCAUCCAAAAGAUUGAAAAGUACAUGUUCCACAUCCGAAAGACUAAUGAACUUUGGAACAGGCUAUCUAAAGACGAGAAAGAGUUCACCAAUGCGUGUAUAGAAGACCUAAAGCAACAUCUGGAGGAGAGUGUUCUGUCAAAGUUGCCUGAAAAUUAUCAGUCUGUUCUUAAGCAAUCUGUAACAAGUGGAGAGGAUGAUAUGGUCCCAGAACCACAACUAGACACAUUUGUUUUGUGUAGAAGUAAAGAGUAUCUCACGGGAAUUCAACUCGAAGAUGGACCUGUUGAUGACAGGUCGAAGCUGUUUGAGAUGGAGCCAGGUGUCCUGCACUUCAUAUGUUAUAAAUCAAUAAAGGCACUUGUAGAGAGUGGCAAAAUUGAUCUACUCUGAUAAGUUUACAGUUCGGAUGAUGCUCAUGAGAAACCCACUAUUGUUUAUUCCAAGUUUUUUUUUUAUUCUGCUGUAUGGAGCUGAUUCAAGAUGUUGUCAAGGAAAUAGUGUGACGUGAAAAUUCAAUAUGAGAUGAUUUAUUCCUUGUUUCUUUUUGUUUUUCAUUAAAUGUUUUUUAAUUCACGUCUUUAAAACUUAUAACAACUAGAUAAAUCUUUGUUAC